UUAUCGUCUGCUUGUAUGGCUUGAAUAAACUCGUGUCGUCGAAAAAUUACUGAAAUAUUGUCAUAUUGUAUGCAUCUUGUGUCAUCAAAGUAGAUUGACAGAGGUUAACCGAAAAUGGGAAAAAAAACAAGUCCCUUAGGGGGGAAAAAAGGGAUUCAACUUGGAAGAGCAAUCAUUAAAGAUCGUUUCGGGAAAGGGAGAGGCAAAAACCGUAAAGGAGACCCAACCAUGUUGCACACAUCAGAGCUCGAUGAUGGUUAUGACUGGGGACGUUUGAAUUUGCAAUCUGUCACUGAGCAAAGUCAGCUCGAUGAGUUUCUGGCAACUGCAGAGCUAGCUGGAACCGAGUUUGCAGCUGAAAAACUUAAUGUUACUUUUGCUAAAACUCAAGCUACAUAUGGCUUGUUAAGUGCAGAGGAGAAAAACAAAGUUAAGCAAGCUCAAGUUCAAAAUGCUUCCCAUCUCAAAAUUCCUCGACGACCACUAUGGGACAGAACCACUAGUGGUGAAGAAUUGCAGCAACUUGAAAGAGAAGCCUUUUUAGCAUGGCGUAAGGGUCUUUCUGAAUUGCAGGAAAUUGAAGGUGUUACAUUAACACCUUAUGAAAAAAAUCUUGAUUUCUGGAGACAACUAUGGCGUGUGAUUGAACGUAGUGAUGUUGUUGUUCAGAUUGUUGAUGCUCGAAAUCCGAUGCUGUUUCGUUGCGAGGAUCUGGAACGAUAUGUCGUGGAAACCAGCAAAGAAAAAAUGAAUCUGAUCCUUAUUAAUAAAGCAGAUUUCUUGAGUGAAAAACAGCGUCAACAUUGGGCCGAAUAUUUUGACACUGUAAAUUUACCUGUUGCUUUCUUCUCGGCAUUAGAGGAGAACCAGAACAACCAAUUACGCAAGUUGAAAUUGCUGGAAGAGGAGGAAGUAGAAGAAGAAGAAGAAGAAGAGAUAUUAGAAGAAGAAGAAGUAGAAGAAAUUGACACAGAUGACAGUGAAUAUGAAGAUGUAGAAGAAAGCGAAGAACAGGAAGAAGAAUCCCGUAUUGUAAAAAAUGAAUCAGUUACAGAAAUUAAAGUGACCGAGGGCGUAACCGAACCAACUGCUGAUCAAACUAAAAAAGACGAAAGUAAACAAGGAAACAAACCAAAUUCAUCCGAAGAUAGUGUUAAAAUUAAAAACAGUACCCGACUACUAUCAGGAAUAGAGCUCAUAGAACUUUUCAAAACUAUUCAUAAAGGAAGAAAAGUUCAAGAGGGUCGUUCAGUUGUUGGACUUGUAGGUUACCCUAAUGUCGGUAAAAGUUCUACUAUCAAUUCUUUACUUACGUAUAAGAAGGUGUCCGUUUCUGCUACUCCUGGAAAAACCAAACACUUCCAGACGUUAAACAUAGAUGAUGACUUGAUGUUGUGUGAUUGCCCUGGUUUGGUUAUGCCUAGUUUUGUUUCAACUAAACACGAAAUGAUUAUUUGGGGCAUUUUACCUAUCGACCAAAUGCGAGACCAUGUUGGACCAGUGAACUUGGUCGCAUCUCUCAUUCCACGUUCCAUCUUGGAGUCCACUUACGGUAUUUUCAUUCCGAAACCAAGUGAAGGAGAAGACGCAACACGACCCCCGACUUCGGAAGAAUUACUCAAUGCCUACGGAUUUAUGAGAGGCUUUAUGACGGCUCGAGGCUUACCGGACAAUCCUCGUUCGUCACGCCAUAUAUUGAAAGAUUUUGUCCAAGGUAAACUACUCUAUUGCAACCCACCUCCAGAAAUAGAUGCGGGUGAAUUUCAAGAAUAUACUAGAGCGGGAAAAAGCAGACCUUUAAAAACGACUGCAGCUCCAACACCUUUUCAAUUAAGAGUCACCAAAACCAACUACAAUAAUGCUCAGUCAAUUGACCAAGCAUUUUUCAGCCAGUCUUUGUCAACUGCACACAGUAAAGGUCGCGCAUCUACUCCAGGUGAAACUCAUACUAAAGGAGUUGCUACGAAUUCCAAUUUUCCAGGAUCUUGUACCACUUUGAAUGAAAGUGAUAAACCUUGGAAAAAACAUAACAAGAAACAUAAACGAGAAAAGCUUCGUAGAGUAUACGCUCAUUUGGAUCAGUGAGCCUGUGUAUCAAAUACUGGAAAUACAAUUUGAUGGUCAUA